AGAAACGCCUCUAUGCACAUUGGUGAGCAUAAUCUGUCCAUAUAAUUCAACCAAUCCAAGGAAGUGAAACCAGAUGCUGAUGUGAGAGCUAUCUAAACAUUAUACAGAAGCCAGUUUAGUUUGGUCAUUGGCACAGGGGAAGUUUAUUACGUGGGUACUUCUUUCUAUGAAGAUAUAUCUUGAUAUUUGAGCUCAUCUCUUACAUAGUUUGGGUGCUUGCUGUACAGAAGCAAGUUAAGUUCACCACAGAAGUUGCUACAAGUAUGGCUUCUUUGAGGAGCUCACUUGGGAGAACGUUCUCAUGGAUUUGUGAUGGAGAACUUGAAUUGGGUUCUUACUGCACUCAAAGAACUAUCAUUAAUGGCGUAAAUCUGCUCUUCCUCUUUGUUUUCUGCUUACUUGCGCUUAUAGGUUCUAUAAGAAAGCAUCAUAUUACUGUUCCAUUCAGAAGGGACCACUUUUCUAUAGUUGUCUCAAUCUGUUGCGCUCUUACUAGCAUUGCAUAUUUUGCUGCUGGUUUAUGGGAUCUAAUUGCCCAGAGUGAUGUGUCCGGUCACUUCGGCUGGUUGGAUUACUUUGUAAGAGGAAUAGUCUGGUUUUCUUACACAGUUUCCUUGCUUGUUCAAAAGUCCAAAUGGAUCAAAGUUCUAAACUCUGUUUGGUGGGUGUCCUCCUUUUCAUUGGUCUCGGCUUAUAACAUCGAAGUACUCAUAAGAACCCAUAACAUUCACAUGUUUGAUGCAAUGACAUGGCCAGGGAACUUGUUACUUCUUCUGUGUGCUGUUAGAAACCUCAGUCAAUGUGUUCAUCAGCAUGCCCAAGAUAACAGCCUCUCUGAACCUCUAUUGGCCCGAAAGUCUGCUGGGAAGAGCCAGAAAACAGAACUUGAGCAUGCUAGUUUUCUUAGCAAAUUGACAUUUGCUUGGAUUAACCCUUUACUUAAAUUGGGCUCCUCAAAAACAUUAGCUCUUGAAGACAUCCCUUCUCUGGUUUCUGAAGAUGAAGCAGAUUUAGCAUACCAAAAGUUUGCUCAUGCAUGGGAUUCACUGUCAAGGGAGAAGAGGCCAAGCAGUACCCGGAACCUGGUUCUGCAGACUCUAGCAAAAGUUUACAUGAAAGAAAAUACAUGGAUAGCAUUUUGUGCAUUCCUCAGGACCAUUUCAAUUGCAGUUUCUCCUCUUAUACUCUAUGCUUUUGUAAAUUAUUCAAAUAGCGACAAGGAAAAUCUAUCUGAAGGCCUCAUAAUAUUGGGGUGCCUAAUUCUUUCCAAAGUCGUUGAAUCUUUGAGCCAGAGACAUUGGUUUUUUGGCUCAAGGAGGUGUGGAAUGAGGAUGAGGUCAGCCUUGAUGGUGGCAGUUUAUCAAAAGCAGCUGAAGCUUUCUAGUUUGGGAAGGAGAAGGCACUCAGCUGGGGAGAUUGUGAAUUAUAUAGCAGUCGAUGCCUAUCGAAUGGGAGAGUUCCCGUGGUGGUUUCAUUCAGCAUGGACCUAUGCACUGCAACUAUUCGUUACCAUUGGUGUUCUUUAUUGGGUGGUGGGUCUCGGUGCUCUUCCUGGUUUGAUUCCUCUCUUCAUUUGUGGUCUACUGAAUGUGCCAUUCGCAAAGGCACUUCAAAAGUGUCAAUCCCAGUUCAUGAUAGCUCAAGACGAGCGACUCAGAGCCACUUCUGAGAUCCUGAACAGUAUGAAAAUCAUUAAAUUACAAUCCUGGGAAGAGAAAUUCAAAACGUUAGUCGAUUCCCUUCGCGAACGUGAAUUCAUAUGGUUGACUGACUCACAAAUGAAAAGGGCUUAUGGCACGCUAAUGUAUUGGAUGUCACCCACCAUCAUUUCUUCGGUUAUCUUUCUGGGAUGUAUCAUUUUCCAAAGUGUCCCUCUAAAUGCAAGUACCAUAUUCACGGUUCUAGCUUCACUAAGGAACAUGGGAGAACCUGUCAGAAUGAUACCAGAGGCUCUUUCAGUAAUGAUCCAAGUCAAGGUCUCAUUUGAUCGUCUCAAUGUUUUUUUGCUUGAUGACGAGCUGAAAGAUAAUGAAGUAAGGAAGUUGUCAUCACAGAAUUCAGAUGAGAGCUUAAGAAUAGAAAGAGGCAAUUUCAGCUGGUAUCCUGAAUCAACAGUUCCAACUCUGAGAAAUGUGAAUUUAGAAGUACAAAGGGAGCAGAAAGUUGCAGUUUGUGGACCAGUUGGAGCUGGAAAAUCAUCACUUUUAUGUGCUAUACUUGGAGAGAUGCCCAAAAUUUCAGGAACUGUUGAUGUAUUUGGAACCAUGGCCUAUGUUUCUCAGACUUCUUGGAUACAAAGUGGGACAGUUCGUGAUAACAUACUCUACGGGAGGCCAAUGGACAAGAACAAAUAUGAUAAGGCCAUAAAAGCUUGUGCUCUAGAUAAGGACAUUGAUAGUUUUGACCAUGGUGAUCUUACUGAAAUAGGCCAAAGGGGCCUUAAUAUGAGUGGAGGACAGAAGCAGAGGAUUCAGCUGGCUCGAGCUGUCUAUAGUGAUGCUGAUAUCUAUCUUCUUGAUGACCCCUUCAGUGCAGUGGAUGCACAUACUGCAGCAAUUCUAUUUCAUGAUUGCGUCAUGGCCGCUCUAGCAAGGAAAACUGUAAUUCUGGUAACUCAUCAAGUUGAAUUUCUCUCAGAAGUUGAUAAGAUUCUGGUAAUGGAGGGUGGAAAAGUUACUCAAUCUGGAAGCUAUGAGAGUCUUUUGACAGCUGGAACAGCAUUUGAGCAGCUUGUGAAUGCUCAUAAAGAUGCAGUGACAACAUUGGGUCCUUCCAAUUAUCAAAGCCAAGGAGAAUCUGAAAAGGGAGAUAUGGUUCGGCCAGAGGAACCUCAUGCUGCAUACCUCACUGCAAAUAAUAGUGAAGGGGAUAUUUCUGUGAAGGGUGUAGCUGGGGUGCAACUAACAGAAGAAGAAGGGAAAGAGAUUGGAGAUGUUGGAUGGAAGCCCUUUUGGGACUAUAUAUUUGUUUCCAAAGGAACACUUCUUCUAUGCUUAGGCAUAAUAACACAGUCUGGUUUUGUUGGUCUUCAGGCUGCUGCAACUUAUUGGUUAGCUCUAGGCAUUCAAAUUCCUAAAGUGACCAAUGGCGUACUCAUCGGUGUUUAUACUGCAAUUUCAACACUUAGUGCUGUCUUUGUAUAUCUUAGGUCAUUUUUUGCAGCCCAUAUGGGAUUGAAAGCUUCUAGAGCCUUUUAUUCUGGUUUCACUGAUGCUAUCUUUAAGGCUCCCAUGCUGUUCUUUGACUCAACCCCUGUAGGGAGGAUUUUGAUACGAGCUUCAUCAGACUUAAGUAUUUUGGAUUUUGACAUACCGUUCUCCAUUAUCUUUGUUGUGUCUGCUGGCGUUGAACUGCUGACAACGAUUGGAAUUAUGGCUUCGGUCACAUGGCAAGUUCUCAUUAUAGGCUUUCUUGCCAUGGUUGCUGCAAAAUAUGUUCAGGGCUAUUAUCUAGCCUCUGCAAGGGAACUAAUAAGAAUCAAUGGAACAACCAAAGCUCCUGUUAUGAACUAUGCAUCAGAGACAUCACUUGGAGUGGUCACUAUAAGAGCUUUUAAGAUGGCGGACAGGUUCUUCAACAACUACUUAGAGCUAGUUGACACAGAUGCCAGAUUGUUCUUUCAUUCUAAUGCAACCAUGGAGUGGUUAAUUUUAAGGACAGAAGUGCUUCAGAAUUUGACCCUUUUCACAGCUGCUUUUUUCAUUGUUUUACUUCCCAAGGGUUAUGUUGCACCAGGGCUUGUGGGGCUCUCUCUUUCUUAUGCUUUAUCACUAACAGCAACACAAAUUUUUGUGACUCGAUGGUAUUGCAACUUAUCCAACUACAUUAUCUCGGUUGAAAGGAUAAAACAAUUCAUGCAGAUUUCACCAGAGCCCUCUGCAAUUGUGGAGGACAAGAGGCCUCCAUCUUCAUGGCCUAGCAAGGGUAGGAUAGAGCUGUAUUCUCUGAAGAUCAAAUACCGCCCAAAUGCUCCGCUAGUUCUCAAGGGAAUUACGUGCACAUUCAGAGAAGGCACUAGAGUAGGAGUUGUGGGAAGGACAGGAAGCGGAAAAACUACACUCAUAAGUGCUUUGUUUCGCUUAGUAGAGCCGGCCAGUGGUAAAAUCAUUAUAGAUGGACUUGACAUCUGCUCUAUGGGUCUAAAAGAUCUGAGAAUGAAGCUCAGUAUCAUCCCUCAAGAACCAACUCUUUUCAGGGGUAGCAUCCGAACCAACUUGGAUCCUCUAGGCCUUUACUCCGAUGACGAAAUAUGGAUGGCUCUAGAGAAGUGUCAGCUCAAGGCAACAGUCAGUAAGCUACCUAAUCUGUUAGACUCAUCUGUGAGUGAUGAAGGGGAAAACUGGAGCGCCGGACAACGCCAGCUCUUUUGCCUUGGCAGAGUCCUUCUCAAGAGGAACAGAAUUCUGGUUCUAGACGAGGCUACGGCGUCCAUUGAUUCUUCGACAGACGCCAUUCUGCAGAGAAUCAUCAGGCAGGAAUUUUCAGAAUGCACGGUGAUAACUGUGGCUCACAGAGUUCCAACCGUUAUAGACAGUGACAUGGUCAUGGUCCUCUCCUAUGGGAAGCUGGUGGAAUAUGAAGAGCCUGCAAAGCUGUUGGAUACCAACUCCUACUUCUCCAAGCUUGUAGCUGAAUAUUGGUCAAGCUGCAAGAGAACCUGAUGCCCAAAAUGUCAAGCACCACAAAUGUAUCUAAAUAAUUAAGGGACUAUUUGAUUGGAAAUUUGCUGUUAGAAUUGCUUCUAGUCUGAUGAAAAUCUUGUGAUCAAUGUAAAACGGGCCUUAGCAGAUUUGGAGAUUAAUGAGAAAGCAGGGUUACAACCAAAA